AUGGAGCCGCUAGCGCAUGCCAAGGUAAUAUGCUAUCGCGAGAGGAACAUCGGCACACGGACCUGGAUACUGGGAAGUAUCGUCCCGUCGCGGACAGACCUCGGUCUUCUGCUGCAGGAAUGUGCAGCUGGGCCUGCUGCUGGGAAGGGGUAUCUGCUGCCUGCUACCUCAACUCGUCAUCCCUGA